CCACACAUGAUCUCAAGURAGAAAGUACUGUAGGACAAAGAAAGGAAAGACUGUACCGUCCUAUUGACUUCACCAUGGACAAUAAACAAUUUCGUGAAUAUGGGAAGGAAUUAAUCGACUUUAUAGGAGAUUAUUUUGAGAAUAUCGAGCAGAGUUCUAUCAAACCCGAUGUCAAGCCUGGAUUUYUAUUGAAUAAGCUGCCAUCAUCAGCUCCAAGCCAAGGWGAACAGUUUCAGGAGAUUCUUGCCGACUACCAAGAGCACGUCAUGCCAGGGAUCUUGGGCUGGAAUAACCCAAAUUUUCACGCAUACUUCCCUGCAAGUAUUUCAUACCCUUCUAUUCUUGGUGAACUAUUAGCAGCAGCUACUGGGGGAGUUGGAUUUGAGUGGUCAGUAAAUCCUUCGUAUACAGAACUUGAGAUCGUUGUAACAGAAUGGUUAGGCAAACUCCUGAAUCUCCCAAAACAGUUUAUUGCGACAGACCCAAGUCAAGGCCAAAACGGAAAAUGGGGCGGUGGUGUUAUCCAGAGUACGGCUAGUGAAAGUGUUGUCGUAGCUAUGUUAGCAGCAAGAAAGCGUGCCCUUGAUCGUCUUAAAGAGAAAAGUCCGGAUGAGUGUGAUUCAGUGCUGAUGGGAAAACUUGUCGCAUACUCUUCAGUUGUAUCCCAUUCAUCCAUCAUGAAAGCUAAGCUUGUAUGCGCUACUAAAAUACAUCUGAUUGAAACUGAUGAUCAAGGAGUGAUAGACGUUGAAUUGCUGAUAAAAACAAUCAAGGAGGAUGUCCAAUCCGGUCUUAUUCCGUUUUUUUUCGCUGACUCAUUCAAUCUCAACGCUCAUAAACUGAUGUUGACAAACUUUGAUUGCUCACCGUUCUGGGUUAAGGAUCGCAAUGCUCUUAUGAACGCGUUAAGUGUCGAAGGUUCUUACUUCAAGGAUGAUGACACAGGCGUUGUCACCGACUUUAGGAAAUGGCAGAUACCGCUGGGUAGGCGAUUCAGGGCGCUAAAGCUAUGGUUUGUGUUACGUACUUAUGGUAUGGAAGGAGUUCAGCGUCAUGUCAGAGAGCACAUCGAGCGCACCAAACUGUUUGAAACUUUAAUAGCUCAAGACGUUCGUUUCGAGUUCUGGCCAAGAAAACCUAACUUGGGUUUGGUAUGUUUUAGGAUAAAGGGUGCAGAUGAACUGACCAAAUCAUUGUCAGAAAACAUCAACGCUGGUGGACAAAUUGCCUUGUCAGCUAUGCAAUUUAAAAAGAAAAUAAUCAUCCGUUUCCAUGGUGGCCUUGGCAACGAUAGUCACGUGCAUAACGCUUGGAAUGUCAUCAAGAAUGAAACGGAUAAAUUAUUAAAACAAAAUAUGAAUUAGUUCGCUGUGGGAAAAUAGGAUAAUUUUAUUAUCUAAAGAAUAUGCGUUCAUUUUAAGUUGUCUUGAAUUAAGAAUGUGUUGAUAUAGUAAAGAACACGACAAAAUUGAAGAUAUACAUACACCCAGAUUUGCUAAGUAAAGGCUCCUUACAUAAAAUUCUCUUUACAGUCAUUUGUAAGCAAUAACGUUCCUCUUCAGAAUUAUUAAUAUGAUUAAUGAGUUCAUUAAAAAACAUUA